AUGUUAAGAACAACUUUUAAUAGUCUAUACAGAAUCAACAAUGGUGUUAGAUACAUGUCAACAUCAACAACCAACGACAAGGUUGUAGGUUUCAUCGGUCUCGGUAACAUGGGAGGUCAUCAAGCUAUGAAUCUCCUCAAGAAGGGACAUAAGCUCGUUGUCUAUGACAUUUCAAAGGACAAUGUACAAAAGUUGACUGAAAAGGGUGCAACCUCUGCCCCCACACCAGCCGACGUUGCCAAGCAAGCCGAUAUUAUCGUCACUAUGCUCCCAGCAUCUGCUCACGUUCGUUCAGUAUAUCUCGGCGAAAAGGGUAUCUUGUCGACUGUCAAGAAGGGUGCUCUCUUGUUGGACUCUUCUACAAUUGAUCCACAAACUGCACGUGAUGUUGCCAACGAUGCUCUCAAGGCUGGUGCCAUCAUGCUCGAUUGUCCAGUAUCUGGUGGUACUGGUGGUGCCGAGGCCGGUACUCUUACCUUUAUGGUUGGUGGUGCAGAGACUGACUUUGAACGUGCCAAGCCAUACCUCCAAGCUAUGGGCAAGAACAUUGUUCACUGUGGUGACGUCGGAACUGGUCAAGUUGCCAAGGUCUGCAACAAUCUCGUAUUGGGUAUCUCUAUGAUUGCCGUAUCCGAAGCUAUGAACCUCGGUGUCAAGCUCGGUAUGGAUCCAAAGAAGUUGUCUGGCAUCUUUAACACCUCGUCUGCCCGUUGUUGGUCAAGCGAACUUUACAACCCAUGUCCAGGUGUUCUCGAGAGUGCACCGGCUUCACGUGGAUAUACUGGUGGUUUUGGAUCUGCUUUGAUGAACAAGGAUUUGGGUUUGGCCGUCGACAGUGCAAAGUCUAUCGGUGAACCACUUCCACUUGGUAACAAUGCUCAUCAAAUCUAUACAAUGAUGGUUACAAAGGGUUUAGGUGGAAAGGAUUUCUCUGCUGUCUAUGAAUUCCUUCAAAAGAAUAAAUAA